AUGCUGCUCCUGGCCCAAGCUUGUCCUGUGGGGGAAACCGCGUGGAAGCACCUGGUUCCCGCGUCUUCCCACGCCGUAUGGGCGCCGGCCACCCUGGCGGCCCCGGGGUCCUCCCUCGGUUCUCCGUUUAACGGUGAAGUGGAGAUUCUCUGCGCGGCUGGCAUGUUGGGGGGUCAGUUAGCCUUUUCCGUGAUUAAUGCUGAAAACUUGGGCCUGGAUCAAUAUAUAAUAAAACGCUUUGAUGGAAAGGAUUUCUGGCAGAAAAUUGCCCAGGAACGAGAAAAAUUCGCUGAUGAAGGGAGUAUAUUUUACACCCUUGGAGAAUGUGGGCUCAUAUCCUUUUCAGAUUACAUUUUCCUUACAACUGUUCUGUCCACUCCUCAAAGAAAUUUUGAAAUUGCCUUCAAGAUGUUUGACUUGAAUGGAGAUGGAGAAGUAGACAUGGAGGAGUUUGAACAGGUUCAGAGCAUCAUUCGUUCCCAAACCAGCAUGGGUAUGCGUCACAGAGAUCGUCCUACUACGGGUAACACACUCAAGUCCGGCCUGUGUUCAGCCCUUACAACCUACUUUUUUGGAGCUGAUCUCAAGGGGAAACUGACAAUCAAAAACUUCCUUGAAUUUCAGCGUAAACUUCAGCAUGAUGUUCUGAAGCUAGAGUUUGAACGCCAUGACCCUGUGGAUGGGAGAAUUACUGAGAGGCAGUUUGGUGGCAUGCUGCUAGCCUACAGUGGAGUACAGUCCAAGAAGUUGACUGCCAUGCAGAAGCAGCUCAAGAAGCACUUCAAAGAUGGAAAGGGUCUGACAUUUCAGGAGGUGGAGAACUUCUUUACUUUCCUAAAGAAUAUUAAUGAUGUGGACACUGCAUUGAGUUUUUAUCAUAUGGCUGGAGCAUCUCUUGAUAAAGUAACCAUGCAGCAGGUAGCCAAGGGACUGGCCAAAGUGGGAACUCUCAGACCAC